UUUUUCUGAGUUCUAUGGUUCAUUUCUGUGAGGCGUUGACUUGAAACAAUUUGGAAUCGAUUUUCAUACAGAAAAGAGAUCCAAAUUAUGUCUAGUUCCACGACUAAUCCACAAAGUUCAUCAUCAUUGUAUUCGUCAAUUAUAUCUCCUGAAUAUAGUACUGAAAACUAUCUCUCCUGGAUCUACAACACCUAUCUUUUCCUUAAGCGAGCUACUGUUACUCUUCCAGAUUAUUCUGUCAAAAAUGGUUUCUUCUCCGAUAUAAUCCGCGACCUUCUCAAGGUUGACCGUAUAGAACGUGGUCGUGUCGCUUGUUUUUUCACCGUCAAGUCAUCUGUAGUUAAUACUUAUGGUACCUUGCACGGUGGUGCAGUUGGGGUAAUUGCAGAGUUGGUGUCUUUGGCAUGUGCUCGAACCUUUGUUGCUAAAGACAAGGAUUUGUUUCUUGGGGAAUUAAGCAUUUCUUAUCUCGCUGCAACAGGUGCAAAUGUGGAACUUGAAAUUGAGGGGUGUGUGGCCAGGAGUGGAAGAAAUAUAACUACAACUUCAGUUGAUUUCAGAAUAAAGGAGUCAAGGAAGAUGGUUUACACUGCUCGUGCUACUUUCUAUGCAACACCGGUUUCAAAUCUGUGAAGAUUGAUUCCGACUUAGAUUGGAUAUGGUGAACUGUUAGUACUCCCCAUGGCUGACGGAGUGAUGCAAGUACAUCAUCAUAUUCCGCAUUUCACAAGUGUACUACAGUAUGCGAAUUUAAGGAAUACCAAGGCACACUCAUUAUUCAUGUGAUGAAGCUCCAAGGUCAUAUGGUUAAUGCAAACAUCCGCGGUUAAACUGGGCUUGGGCUUGGACUCGGUUGGUUGAUCUUGUAUUUGUUCUGAAAGAUGUUAUUUUUCUCCUCAUGUAAAGUCCUUGUUUUCGGUCGGAUGAUCAUGAAUCAUCUGUGUUUUCUAUCUUUGUUGUUUGCGAGAGAUAUUAAAUCCACGCACAUUAGAUUGUUGCUUCA